AUUGCCCAUCUCUAAUUAAGUGUACGUGGAUUUUUGACUAAACGCUCGGCCUAAAAACAGAGACGGCACAGGUGCACCUUAAAGUCCCCUUGAGUAGAACAAGCUAUGAGGAGCAGUGACCACUGAGCGGCCCCCACCAGCAGUGCCCAGCCAGCGUUAGCCGGACUUUGUCAGCGCCUCGACCCAAUUAGAUGUGCCCGCACCGCCGCUGCUUCAGCUGAUAAAAGUCGAGUCCCCGUCCGCUGUUCGUUCGGUCGAUUGUCAUCCAUUAUUGAUAAUAAUGGCCCCCACCCGUCGCCGUGCUAGCGACGGCUUGCUGGCCCGUGUAAACUUUCCCCUGUAUGCCGUCGAUAUGCUGACCAGCCGCCACAUCCUGGUGGCCGGUGGUGGCGGCUCCAGCAAGACGGGCGUGGCGAACGGCUUUGAGAUUUACGAGCUGUAUCACAACGGCAGCCACUUCUGUGCGGAGGAGGUGCUGCGCCAUGAGACCGGCGCCAAUGUGGUGAUGAACUUUGCCGUGAGUAACGGCGGCCGAAGAGGCUAUCUAUGCGCCGGCCAGGAGGCUCACUGUCAGAUGUACUACGUUCAGCCACGAGUGGAGUCCGAGGAGGAUGCCAACGGAAAUGGAAAGCCGGCCCCGACAGAACGGCCACAUGAAAACGGAAAUGUGCGACAGCGCAAUGCACACUCGGGUGUGGAGCCAGUGGCCAACGGACAUAAACCGGCUGCCUCCGCGGCUGAUAUUUUGCGGCAGUUCCAGCGCCUGCGCUUCGACAUCCAAGCGGCGGAUGUGGUGCAAACGGAUUUCUUGAAGGGCGCCGAGCCGCUGCAGCGUGUGGUGCGCAUUAGUGGCAAUGGACGCUUAAUGGCCACCGGCGGCACAGACGGAAAGCUGCGUGUUUGGACUUUCCCGCAAAUGACCCUGGGCGCCGAGCUGGCGGCGCACACCAAGGAAAUCGAUGACCUGGAUUUUAGUCCCGACAGCAAGCGCAUUGCCAGCAUCUCCAAGGAUGGCCAGGGACUGGUGUGGGAUCUCGCCAGUGGCAAGUUGCAGCACAAGCUGCAGUGGCAAACACCCGAGGGGGCCAAGUACCUGUUCAAGCGAUGCCGUUAUGGAACUGUCGAGGCACAAAAGGAUCAAUACCGCCUCUUCACCAUCGCCAAUCCAUUGGGAAAAGUUGGAAAACAGCGGGGAUUUCUGCAGCAUUGGGACUGCACUAGUGGCGAGUUGCGUCAGGCUGUGGCCAUCGACGAGAGUCUGUCGUCGCUCGCGGUCCGGGAUGACGGGCGAUUUGUGGCAGUUGGCACGAUGUUCUCGGGCAGCGUAUCCAUUUACAUAGCAUUCAGUUUGCAGCGCGUGCUCCACAUUCCCCAUGCACACUCCAUGUUCGUGACGGGUCUUCAGUUCCUGCCCAUCACCAAUGAGGAGGGGCCGCCCAUCAGCAGCGACACGGAAGCAGCGGUGCUUUCCAUCUCGGUGGAUAACAAAGUUUGCAUUCACAGUUUGCCCCAAAGGCGUACAAUUCCCGCCUGGGUUGCCAUUAUCUUCAUUGUCGUCAUGAUUUUCGCCGUAUUUGUGCUGUGCUCCUACGUUGGAAUCUAAUGAAGAUGAUGAGGAUGAUGAUGAUGGAGUCUUGUCUCUCGGUGGCAACAAGUUUAAUUUGCAUUAUUAGUUUGUAAACUCGGUUUAGUUUCUUUGUCUUCGCCCCUUCCCCGACUUACUCAUUUGUUAAUUAAUUUAAGGGUAUUGUUUGUGCCGGCUGCCUUAUCUCUUACACUAAUUGCACUUAUCGCUUAGUUGUACCAUAAUUUGCUUAUCUCUCUAUAGCCUCCCUGUAGGCCGUCUGUGGCUUGAACGAAUCGUCAUUUGUACAUGAUUUCCCUUGCUUUCCCUUCCCGUUUAAAUAUAUUGAAAAGAAAGAACAGGUUAAAGGACAGGACGUACCGGUUCUUUAAGUCAAAUUAAA